AAACACAAAUUAAAAAAUUGAUAAUAAAUGGUAAAUUUUGGUCAUGGCUUGGUUGCAAAAUUUGGCAGGUCGUGCCGAAGACUUGUUGAAUAAAAUUGACCAAAAUGCGGCGACCGUUCUAAACGAUAGUAAAUUAAUUGACGAAAACAUAAUGCCGUCAGAUCUGGACGAAAAAACUUAUGAGGAAACAAUUAAUCUGACUGGACCACAAAGCGACACAAUUGAUUCAAUUAAACCCACGUUUGAGGAGGAGUUAUGUGUGGUUGAAGGUCACGAUUACGAUUUAGAGAAAUUAUCGAAGGGGGAUUCGCCGGGCCCGUCAAUAUCGUCACACAAUAGUUUCGUUUUGACUGAAGACGUGCAAAGCUACACUGACACAAUAAACAAGCUUGAAAUUGAGCUACAAGACCUCAAUAAGCAACUCUUAAAUUUGCACCAUUUGUAUGCCGAACUUCGCAAUGAAAAUGCAAACUUGCGAUCACAAGUUGAAGCCUCGAAUUACUUAGUCGCAACAGCGCAGUCCGAAAUGGAGCAGUACAAAGCCCGGGCCCAACGUAUUUUGCAAGAGAAGGACGAUUUAAUCCGCUUGAAAAACGAGAAUAAAUCGUCGCAAAACGACCAAAUUUUAACCAAUUAUCACGACGAGUUAAAAAAAGAGAUCGAGUUUCAGCAAAGCCGCAACGUGGAAUUGAGCGAGAAAGUGAAGAAGCUAACGCAUGAAAUUUCCCACUUGCAACAACAAAUGGUUUUGUCCCAGAAUUCGUCGCAACAAUCAACGCAACUCCUCCAAGAGAAUCUAACAAGGGAACAGAAGAUCCGGCUUAUGGCCGAGGAUGAGUGUCGGGUUAAAAACCAAGAGUUGCAGUUGAAAUUGCAAGAAUUGGCGCAACAGUACCAAGUCAUCCAAUCAAAAUCGGACGAAAUCGCCAAGUUGCAAGACGCCCUCAAGUCGAAACCCAGCACCGACUUUGAGUCGCGGAUUAAGUCCCUCACUGAUACGCUCAUGGUGAAGCAAAAUGCCUUAGAACGAGUUACAACCGAACGCAACGCGUUGCGAAUCCAACUAGAGAAGCUGGAAACUGAGUAUCACAAUAAUUUGGCGCAGCUUGAGCGCGCCCAAGUGCGUGUCAUCAACGUGAAUGAUACAGAUGAUGUUAAAUCGCAAGUUCCGCAAUUUAUGCGCGUGUCUCCGUUCGAUGCUGGGGUCACAAGACGGGUCAAACACGCGUAUUCGACUGUUGAUGCGAUCAGUGUUAGGACGGGGAUUUUCCUGCGGCGGUACCCCCUGGCCAGGGUUUUUGUUUUCUGUUAUAUGGUCUUGUUGCACUUUUGGGCCUUGAUUCUACUCUUCCUGUAUGCCCCAAGCAGCCGUUAAUAAACUUUUUAAAAUUA